UGGCCUAGGACACCAGUAACUAGUGUUGGGAAGGGCUGUGUAGUGGUGUGCUGCAUUAGAGAGAGAAUGAAGGUGGCGACGCUGUGUGUGUUGGUGGCGGCACUGACACAGGGCGCCCUAGGAGUGUUGUCUCCCCCUGAGAGGUCCUACAAGAUCCUCAUGCUCCUCCCCGUCUCCUCAAAGAGCCACAGGAAUGUCUUCAUGCCCAUCGCUGAGGCUCUGGCUGACCGUGGACACAAGGUAGUGAUGUUGACCAAUCACCCCAAGUCCUCCAAACACCCAAACAUCUUCGAGGUGCCACACGGCCUCCCACAAUUCAGGGAGGAAAAUAUGAACAUGUUCGAGAUGAGGAAGAGUCCAGGAGGCACCUUCAACAUGUUCACGACCGCCCUGCCGGCCAUAGCCAGGGAUAUGUACAAGGUGAAGGCGGUGAAGGACCUUUACGAUAAGAGGAAGGACUUUGAUCUCAUAGUAGUGAAUCACAUGUUUAAUGAGAUGGUUUACCCAUUCGUACACGAGGUUCCCUUCAUCAGUGUUGCCACCCCAGGGAUGGACCCACGUCAGAGUGCUGUCUUGGGCAACGUCCUCAACCCAGCUUGCGACUCGACCUACCUUAUCGACUUCAUCCCCUCAUCCGCGUGGCAUCGUUUCCUCAAUACCAUCAAACUUAUAGGGCAUUCGGUAUACUGGCGUCACUGGGCCAUUGUUCCUCUCAUACAGAAAGAGAUCUCGGCACAGUUCCCAGAGCUGCCGCCGCUGCUGGACCUGGAGAGGAACAUGAGUCUGGCGCUGCUCAACUCUCACUUCACCAUCAGCAAGACGGUGCCUCUCCUGCCCUCACAGGUGGAGGUGGGCGCCAUGCACUGUCGCCCCGCCAACCCUCUGCCUCAGGAACUGGAGUCGUGGAUCACGGGGGCGGGGGCGGAGGGCGUCAUAUACUUCAGUCUGGGCUCCGUCGCUCGCGGCAACUCUAUGCCAGUCCAGUACCGCAACCUCUUUCUCCAGGCUUUCCGCAGGUUGCCGCAGCGAGUCAUCUGGAAAUAUGAGGGAGAGCUGGAGGACGUCCCAGACAACGUGAUGAUCAGCAAGUGGCUCCCCCAGCAGGACAUUCUCGCCCACGACAACGUGAAGGUGUUCAUCACACACGGCGGUCUUCUCAGCCUGCAGGAGUCCAUCUACCACGCCACGCCCCUCCUCGCCCUCCCUAUCUUCGGCGACCAGCCCAAGAACGGUCUGUUCGUGAGGGACUCUGGCCUGGGCCACUUUCUGGUGUGGGAGGAACUCACUGAGAACCUCAUUAUGAACGCUCUCACCGACAUCAUCAGUGACCCUAAGUAUAAAGAAAACGUGAUGAAGAUGUCAGCUGGGCUGCGGGAUCAGCUGAUCUCGCCCAAGGAGUUGGCUGUGUUCUGGACGGAGUAUGUCAUCCGCCACCGAGGGGCGCCCCAGCUGAGGUCCCCGGCGGCACAGCUCUCCUGGGUGGAGUUCCUCAUGCUGGACGUCCUGCUCCUCCUCCACCUGGCUCUCCUCGUCCUCUACUUCACCCUACGUCGCGUCCUGAGGGCCAUCUCUGCUAAGAUCUUCGGCAGUGGCGGAAGCAAGAAGAAAAAGGAUUAAUAAUGCUUUACUGUUGUCUCUAAGUUAAGGAAAUAAAUGAUUAUUAUUA